GCGACCCGCGUGGGCGUCCGGAAGGCCCGCGUCGUUAUGGAGCGUGGGAGCGGAAUCUCUGGUUAUGGGGUCGGGCAAAGGUUAAAGGGCAACCUCCAGGUGGGAGAGCGCCGACUUUAAGCAAUGGCCGCGUAUGGGGAACCCGGGAGGCAGUGGCAGGAGAAGGUGGCGGCGGCGGCGGCGGUGGUGGUGGUGGGCUCCUGCAUGACCGACCUGGUCAGCCUUACUUCUCGUCUGCCAAAACCUGGUGAAACCAUCCAUGGUCAUAAGUUUUUUAUUGGAUUUGGAGGGAAAGGUGCCAACCAGUGUGUCCAAGCUGCUAGGCUUGGAGCAAAGACAUCCAUGGUGUGCAAGGUUGGCAAAGAUUCCUUUGGCAAUGAUUAUAUAGAAAACUUGAAACAGAAUGAUAUUUCUACAGAAUUUACAUAUCAGACUAAAGAUGCUGCGACAGGAACUGCUUCUAUAAUUGUCAGUAAUGAAGGCCAGAAUAUCAUCGUUAUAGUGGCUGGAGCAAAUUUACUUUUGAAUACUGAAGACCUGAGGGAAGCAGCCAGUGCCAUUAGCAGAGCCAAAGUAAUGAUCUGCCAGCUAGAAGUAACUCCAGCAGCUUCUCUGGAAGCCCUGAGAAUAGCCCACAGCAGUGGAGUAAAAACACUGUUCAACCCAGCGCCUGCCAUUGCUGACCUAGACCCCCAGUUCUACACUCUCUCAGAUGUGUUAUGCUGCAAUGAAAGUGAGGCUGAGAUUCUGACCGGCCUUGAGGUCAGUAGCCCCUCGGAUGCUGGGAAGGCUACGCUGGUGCUCAUGCAAAGGGGCUGCCAGGUUGUAAUCAUCACCUUAGGUGCUGAAGGAUGUGUGAUGCUGUCACAGAAAGAACCUGUCCCAAAGCACAUUCCCACAGAGAAUGUCAAGGCUGUGGAUACUACGUGCUACCAUCAUAGGACGACUUCAGUACCGUGAGGAUGAACCAUCACCAAGGCUCACAGUUCCUAGAUGCCCCCACCUCCAGGGACUCUUCACCUCCACUCCAGCCUCCUGUUCCCAUGACGACUCGCAGGAAAUGGUUAAUACCUGGCACGGCUUCAGUCCUGUGGGAAUAAACCUCACAUCCCACUCUGACCACAACCAGCUCUCUCACCUCUUCUCCUACACUUUUGUUCUCACUUUCCUUAGUUCCCUCCAUUUUCUUCUGACCUGUUGA